AUGGCGGACGGCGAGAAGAAAGCCCGCUUGUCGGGUGAACAGACAAGAGCCGCAGAGCCAGCAACACUAUUACCUACAACUAAUAUCCCAGUGGCUGAGAAACAACCACCGCCUGCGCCUUCACUUCAUCCAGCAUUUUAUGUGGUGACAUGGAUCGGCUUCAGUGGUGGUGUCAUAUUGUUCAACAAAUGGCUGCUGGAUACACUUGGAUUUAAAUUCCCCAUCACCCUAACAGCAUGGCACAUGAUAUUUGCGACGUUCAUGACCCAAGUUCUAGCAAGGACUACAUCUCUUCUUGACGGACGCAAAAAUGUCAAAAUGACUGGACGAGUCUAUCUCCGCGCAAUUCUCCCCAUCGGCUUCUUUUUCAGCCUGAGCUUGAUUUGUGGAAACAAAGCAUACCUGUACCUGAGCGUAUCCUUUAUUCAGAUGUUGAAGGCUACAAUGCCGGUCGCGGUUCUCCUCACUACCUGGGCCAUGGGAGUUGCGCCUCCGAGCCUGAAGACAUUGGGCAAUGUCUCCUUUAUCGUGAUUGGUGUUGUCAUCGCAUCGUAUGGAGAGAUCGAAUUCGACCUGACCGGGUUCCUAUACCAAGCGGGUGGCAUUACCUUUGAGGCGACGCGGUUGGUACUCGUCCAACGCCUGCUCAGCUCUGCCGAGUACAAGAUGGACCCGUUGGUCUCCCUCUACUACUUUGCGCCUGUGUGUGCUGUCAUGAACGGAAUAACAGCACUGUUUCUUGAGGUACCCAACAUGAGCAUGAACACGGUCUACGAUGUUGGCAUCUUCCUGCUGAUUGCCAACGCUAUGGUUGCAUUCAUGCUGAACGUCUCGGUUGUCUUCUUGAUUGGCAAAACAUCAUCAUUGGUUCUCACACUCUGCGGUAUUCUCAAAGACAUUCUCCUGGUCGGCGCGUCUAUGAUGAUCUGGGGCUCCCCCGUCAGCAAGACCCAGUUCUUCGGUUAUUCGAUCGCUCUUGGUGGGUUAUUAUACUACAAGCUUGGAGCAGAGCAGCUCAAGCAAUACGUUUCUCAAGCCGGCCGAUCCUGGUCUGAAUUCGGAGUGCAGCGACCAGCAAUGCGGAAGGCUUUGGCGUUCGGACUGGUCGUGAUCACCGUUUUCCUGCUCCUCGGUGGAUUAGCUCCGACAUAUGCGCCGUCCCAAACGAAGAACUUGAAAGACAUGCUUAGCACCGGCAUGGCAACAUAA